GAUUACAGCAACUUGAAAGCUUGAAGAUCUGCUAGCUCGCCGGUGACCAUGUCGAGCAACGGCCAGAGGCAGAUGCAGAAGCCCCAGCCACCACCGGCGUCCCUGUCCGCGGGACACGACGCGGAGAUCAAGAAGGUGUUCUCCCGCUUCGACGCGGACGGCGACGGCAGGAUCUCCCCGUCCGAGCUCGCCGCGGUGUCCCACGCCAUCACGCCGCCGCCGAGCGAGUCGGCGGGCGGCCGGGAGGUGGGCGCGAUGAUGGAGGAGCUGGACGCCGACCGCGACGGGUACGUCGACCUGGGCGAGUUCACGGCCUUCCACGCCCGCGGUGGGCGCGGGGAGUGUGACCUGGACACAGAGCUGCGCGACGCCUUCGACGUCUACGACAUCAACGGCGACGGCCGCAUCUCCGUGGCGGAGCUUAGCAAGGUGCUCGGACGGAUCGGCGAGGGGUGCAGCACCGAGGAGUGCGAGCGGAUGGUCGCCUCUGUGGAUGUGGAUGGCGACGGAUGCGUCGGGUUCGAGGAGUUCAAGAAGAUGAUGUCAACUGACGCUGCCGGCGCCCAGCCCGAAGCCGGCGUCCCUAAUGGCAAGACAAAGAAAGAGUGAUGAUCCAUGCAUACUGCGCUUGUAAAUUUCUCAGUAGUACUACCUAUGUUUCAAGGAAAAUAAGGCGAGAUGAACUUUGACCAUAAAAAUUGAGCAACAAAAUCUUUAUUA